GCGCGCGCCCGCCAGGGGCUCCGGGAUGGGCAGUGCCGCGUGCGCCCCGGGCCGAGGGACAGUCCGGCUGGCCCGCCUGGCCCCGUGACUGAUCAGCAGCCCUUCCCAAGGCCGUUAAUGGUUCGCUUGGAUGGGAAUUAAUUCUGGGAUGGAUCGAUAAUGCAUUGAGGUUCGCGGAGUCCAAGGCUAGCCGUCGGUCGGAAGCAAGGAGACAGAGCAGAGGGAGCCUCGCGGCAAAGCCAGCAGCCAUGGGGGCCCUAGCGGGGCCGGAGGGGCAGUCGGGCCAGAGGAAGAGAAAAGGAAAGUGGAUGACAGCAUGAUCGGCACAAGGACUCAGGCCUGGCAGCUUCUGGAAUAUGCUGAGCCCAAAGAUCAGGCAAGCCAGGAGGGCCCGCUCCAAAAGCCUGGUGAUGGGAGAGCAGAGCCGAAGCCCUGGGAGGCUGCCCUGCCCCCACAGGCUGGGCCCUGUGCUGAAGGAGGGCUGGCUGAAGAAGCAGAGAAGCAUCAUGAAGAACUGGCAGCAGCGCUGGUUCGUGCUGCGUGGGGAUCAGCUUUUCUACUACAAGGACAAAGAUGAGACCAAGCCCCAGGGAUUUAUUUCUCUACAAGGGACCCGAGUGACUGAACUUCUUCCUGGCCCCGAGGACGCAGGGAAGCACCUCUUUGAGAUCAGCCCAGGUGGUGUCGGGUUGCGGGAGAAGGUGCCGGCCAACCCCGAGGCGCUCCUACUCAUGGCCAGUUCCCAGCGUGACAUGGAGGACUGGGUGCAGGCCAUCCGCCGGGUCAUCUGGGCCCCACUUGGCGGAGGUACUGCCCGUAGGUCUCAUGCUCACCCUCUAGAACCCUUGCCUUCAGGGAUCUUUGGGCAGCGCCUAGAGGACACAGUCCACCAUGAGCGGAAGUAUGGCCCCCGUCUGGCCCCCCUGCUGGUGGAACAGUGUGUGGACUUCAUCCGGGAGCAUGGGCUCACCGAGGAGGGGCUCUUCCGCAUGCCAGGCCAAGCCAACCUGGUGAGGGACCUGCAGGAUUCCUUCGACUGUGGGGAGAAACCACUGUUUGACAGCACAACAGACGUGCACACGGUGGCCUCUCUGUUGAAGCUCUACCUGCGGGAGCUCCCUGAGCCCGUGGUCCCCUUCGCCAGGUAUGAAGACUUCCUUAGCUGUGCCCAGCUGCUCACCAAGGACGAGGGGGAGGGGACUCUGGAGUUGGCUAAACAAGUGAGCAGCCUUCCCCUGGCCAACUACAACCUGCUCAGAUAUAUCUGCAAGUUUCUGGAUGAAGUUCAGUCCCACUCAAAUGUCAACAAGAUGAGCGUCCAGAACCUGGCAACUGUUUUUGGACCUAAUAUACUUCGGCCACAGAUAGAAGACCCAGUAACCAUCAUGGAAGGCACUUCUCUGGUCCAGCACCUGAUGACUGUCCUGAUCCACAGACACGGCCAAUUGUUCGCUGCGAGGGCCGAGGAAGGACUGGCCGCCCCGCGUGGGGGCCCACCGUGCGCCGUGAGCUGGGGCUCUGGGGAGGUCCCGGGGGGUGCCCCGCCGGAACCCGGCAGCCCCGGCACCCCUGGCCUGCCGUCGCACAGGACCUCAUCUCUGGAUGGGGCCACCGUGGCGGCGCUAUCCAGGACCUCUCCUACGGGCCUGGGUGGCCGAGGCAGCCCUGUCGCCACCAGCCCUGGGAAGAGGGUGCAGACUCUGCCCAGCUGGAAGUCCUCCUCCCGGCCGUCGGGGUCCCGUCCGGGGAGCCCGAAGGGGGGCGCCUCAUCCCUGGAGGGGCCCAUCAUCUCCGGAGGGAACCGGCUCGCGGACGGGCUGUCCUCUCUGCGCGGCCCCCGCCGGGCCUCUGCGGGAGAGCGGCUCAAGGGCUGCAGCUCUGCGCAGAGACUGUCCACCUACGACAACGUGCCCCCGCCCGGCGGCCCGGCUCCCGGCACGGCCUGGUCGGGGGCCUCCUCUGACGAGGCGGCGGCCGGGGGCUCGGUGGGCAGCUGCGCGGCCUGCGGGGCCAGCGACUCGGCCGCCCGCAGCCCCCCGCACGCCGAGGGGGCCCCCGAGCCCCGCGCCGCCGCCAGCAGCAGGGGGGACCGCCGGGCUCCCGAGCUGGGCCGUGGCCGGGACGAGGCGGGCGCCCGCGUCGGCGGCGGCGAGCCCAGCGACCCAGGCGGCCCGACCCAGGACUACGCCCGCUGCUCCGAGGCUCUCCGGGGCCUGGUCGCGGAGCUCAGGGCACAGCUGUGCCGGCAGAGGACCGAGUACGACACGAGUAUCAAAAGACUUGAAGAAGGUAGUGCCAGCCUGAGGAAACAAAUGUCACGGCUAGAAGAAGAACUGGACCAAGAAAGGAAAAAGCACACAAUGCUGGAAAUAAAGCUGAGGAACUCAGAGCGGGCACGGGAAGAUGCAGAGAAGAGGAACCAGCUGCUGCAGAAGGAAAUGGAGGAGUUUUUUUCAACCUUGGGAAGCCUGACUGUUGGGGCAAAAGGUGACAAAGCCCAAAAGUGAAGAUGUGGAAAGAGCUCCCUCCCACAGCAGUGCUUGCCUGCCUCAGGAGGAGCCACAAACCCCUGCAGCUUGGACCUGGGCUUCAGGGGUGCCAGGAGCUCUGGAGCCAGUGGAGAGAGGAGUCCUGACACCCCCAGGGGGACUGUUGGGAGCCCAAGCCCCAUGUGGGAUCUGGAUGCUGCUCCGACCAUGCAGGGCCUGGUAGGUGUCAGAGGGGACAAUCCCGUGACCACCAAAGCACCUGGGAUCAGAGUAGCCCACUGGGAACAUUUUGCAUUCUUUAUUAAAUUUGCUGUCAUGGCA